GUUUACUAGUUGCAAAACUAUAUAGCUGUUACAGUUUUUGAACUUGUAUGGGAGCAAAAGUAUAUGCAUGGCCAUCCAAACGGUCUCCUUAUUUCCUAUUCUUUCUGUUCUGUGGACAGGGGAUGGUACUAAAACUACUCCUUGAUGCUAGAGAGACUCCAGAAGGCUAGACUCUGGGAAUUCAACUUCCUUAUUCUCUGGCUUGUGCUUCUCUGUGGCAAGAUGCAGGUAACCUCGAAAGGUGCCAGCUUAAAUCCUAAUGCAAAGGUAUGGCAAGAAAGCAUGCAGGGAAACUCAGAAGCUGUACCGGUAACUAACGGCACUGAGCAAUCGUGGCAAGAGGCAGCAGCUGUGCAGGGAAAUUGUACAGAAGGCAAUGCUGAGGCUGCAGAGGAUUGUACUAAACAGUAUGAAGCAAUGUAUUCAUCUUGUGAAUUGUCAAGAAAUAGUUCGUGUGCUGAGGAAUCAGCUGCUAAUGGCAUGGUCUUAGCACAUGAGGAACUUGGAUAUCCACUUUAUGAUGUUUCAGGUGAAGGCAACCCUGUCAUUUCUACAGAAGAUUUAAAAGAAUGCUUGAAGAAACAAUUAGAGUUCUGUUUCUCACGUGAGAAUCUAUCCAAGGAUCUUUACUUGAUGUCUCAGAUGGACAGUGAUCAAUUUAUUCCAAUAUGGACUAUUGCCAAUAUGGAAGGAAUUAAGAAACUGACAACCAAUAUGGAUCUUAUUGUGGAAGUACUAAGAUCUUCUCCUAUAGUCCAAGUGGAUGACCAAGGAGAGAAAGUUAGACCAAAUCAUAAGCGUUGCAUUAUUAUUCUUCGUGAGAUCUCUGAAACCACACCAGUAGAGGAGGUAAAAGCACUGUUUAAGAACGAAAGCUGCCCCAAAGUUAUAAGUUGUGAAUUUGCUCACAAUAACAACUGGUACGUUACAUUCCAGUCAGAUACUGACGCGCAGCAGGCUUUUAAAUAUUUACGGGAAGAAGUUAAAACCUUUCAGGGCAAGCCAAUAAUGGCCAGGAUAAAAGCCAUUAACACAUUUUUUGCGAAGAAUGGUUACCGGGUAGUGGAUUCCAGUGUUUAUGUUCAGCCGGUUCAAACACAAGCACAGUUUGCCUCACCAUUGUUCAUGCAGCCUAUAUACAGUCCUCAGCAGUACUCCAUCUAUAGUAUUGUGCCUCAGACAUGGUCUCCAAACCCUGCACCUUAUUUUGAAACACCACUGGCUCCAUUUCCGAAUGGUGGAUUUCUGAAUGGCUUCAGUUCACCAGGUUCAUACAAGACAAAUACUGCUGCAUUGAGUAUAGGUCGCCCGUUCCAUAGAAAUCGUGUGAAGACUCACUUCCGGUUGUCAGGUAGCUCAGAACACUCAUCAGAAGCACCCUCCACACUCAGUGCUGUUUCAGUAGGUGAUGGACACUUGCAUAGAACCACUUUACGGAACUUUCAGUCAGAACGGCAAGCAAAUUCACUGUCCGGACAUCAAGGGCCCAGCUAUUCACAGAAGGAGUCUCAGAUUACUCAUGUAGAACAAAAUGGUGAUUAUGGCAUGGGCAGAGGCAGAAGAAACAUUUUCAGAGGUCGGAGGAGACGGGAAGAUGACAGGCUAUCACGACCUCAAUCUUCAGUUGAAACCAAGACUUUGACGCCAAAGUUUGACUUGCUAGCCUCAAAUUUCCCUCCCUUGCCAGGCAGCAUGAUAAAAACACAAGGAGAUCCUGUUCUGGAGAAUAGGAUGUCAGAUAUAGUUAAAGGAAUAAGCAAAGAAAAGGAAAACAAAGAUUUAACAGUUAGUUGUCUAACAUCCACUCAGGAAGAACAGGGCCAAAGUAUUGUUCAGCCUGUCAUGAAUGCCAGUUCUCCCUAUGGGAUUGAUCUUCCUGGAUUAAGUGCCACUCAGCAAGAUAAGAAACUAGAAGAGGUUCAUGUGCAUAAGGAGGCUGCAAGUCAGACUUCCCCACCUUCAUCUGUAUGCCCUCCCAGUACUGUAAAAUCACCCAGGACAAACACCACUUCAUCCACAACCAAUGCAAACACAAUGCCUGCUGUAAUUAUACAGGAACCCCGGAAGCUCAGUUAUGCUGAAGUUUGUCAGAAACCUCCAAAAGAAGUACCUUCUGUUCCUGCUCAGCCACUUAGGGAGCUGCGUUCUAAUGUAACCUCCCCUGCCAAAACAGAAGAAAAUGGCACCCAUGAGAAAGCUGGAGAGAAGGCACAUGAAAAGUCUGAAGGACGGAUGAAAGACUUUGCUGUUUUCAGAGGCAAUGGUCCUCCCAAAGGAGCUGCAGGAAAAAUCAGGGAACAGAGGCGCCAAUGUGGACGUAGGUCUUCUCCUCAGGGAGCGCCUCGGCGAGUUGGCAAGGAACAGUGUGUGCCACUGCGAUCACCAAAGGAAAAUUGAUCAAACUUUUUAUUUAAUCAGAACUAUGAACUAAAGAGCAGUAGAGGAGAAACUGGCCAGCUCAGAGAAAUAUAAAUAUAGGAAAAGUGGACAGUAAAUUCAAGAGCACAGGGUUUGCAAUGUGAGAGAGCUUAAAGGGAUCCCAAUAUUCAUCUCGAAGUGAUACAAAAUGCUGGAGAAAUAGAAUCAAUAUAAAUAUGAUAAAGAUUAUAAUUUUUGUAACUUUCUGUUUUUAAUUUCUUGUUUGAAUUAGAUUUUUGCAUUAUGAAUUAGCUUAUUAAAGAUGAGGAACAAAUAUA